AUGACCGAGCAGGUCCCCACGGGCAAGAAGCCUCUGCCGCGCGUCACUGUCAAUGUGCGCCUUCGGCCAAUACUCGACUUCCCGCAGCAUGUGUACCAGGUCCGCGGCAAUGGCAUUCUGGUGCGCAUGCCCCGGGACGAGGCGCACCCCUACAUGCGGUCCGCACAGUUCUGGUUCGACAAGAUCUUCAAUAUCGACGCGACCCAGGACAAUGUAUACACCGGAGUGGGGCGCCGGCUGACGGAGGAGUGCCUGCGCGGGCAGGACCCCUGCUGCUUCGCCUACGGGCAGUCAGGUAGCGGGAAGACGUACACGAUGUACGGCAACCUGGCGUCGACCCGCGACCAGGGCCUCGUGCCGCGCUGCGUCACGGAGGUCCUGGAGGCCGUGGGCGUGAUGAAGGACAGCGGGCACGCCGUCACCAUCACUGCCAACUUCGUCGAGAUCUACCAGGACCACCUGCGCGACCUGGGCAACGCGACGAACUUCUCCGACCUCCUCGGCAUCCCGCUGCGCAAGGCCCGGCAGAAGGAGCUGUCGUUCAAGCAGGGCAUGCCCGGGGACCCCCUCUUUGACUACGCGCGGCAGUCGCUCGACAUCAUAGAGGACCCGCAGACGAAGAACACGUACGUCAAGGGGCUGUUCGACGUCGAAGUGAACUCGCUGGCCGACGCGAUGCACGCCGUGCGCUGCGGGCACGCGCUGCGUGAGACGCACAUGACGGCCAACAACGAGACGUCGUCGCGGUCGCACACGGUGUUCAUCCUGAAGGUGCGCAUGGAGCUCGCGCAGGGCGCCGCGCGCACGGGCACGAUCUCGCUGAUCGACCUCGCCGGCACGGAGCGCGUCAAGAAGUCGCAGAGUUCCGGGCAGCGGCUCAAGGAGGCCACGCACAUCAACCAGUCGCUGUCGGCGCUCGGGAAGAUCAUCCUGAACCUGUCCGAGGAGACGGGGGAGGGCGAGAAGAACUACGUGCCGUACCGCGACACGAAGAUGACGCGGAUGCUGAAGGACUCGUUCGAGGGAGAGAGCACCAUCACCGUGCUGUGCUGCGCGACGCCGGACGAGCGGUCGCUCGAGGAGAGCCUGUCGACGCUCUGGUUCGCGCAGCGGUGCAAGUACAUCGAGGGGUCGGGCAAGGUCACGGGCAUCGGCGGCGACGCGGACCACGAGGCGCUGCGCAGCUACAUUGAGACGUUGGAAACGAUGGUGGCCAACAUGCAGGACGAGAACGCGGAGCUGAGGGCGCAGGUCGACGCGAUGAACCACGAGCUCGACGUGACGCACGCGCACUACAGCAACGUGCUGCAGACGCUCGGCGGCGCCGACGCGCAGGUGAAGGGGAGGAGUGUGCAGCUGGAGGGGGUGCCGGCCGAGGUGUUGAAGCGCGUCAACGUCCGCGCGGACCCGUCGAGCUGGACCACGCUGCGGCUGUCGGCGGGGGGCACGACGAACACGGCGCAGCCCUCCGUCCUAGCGCCGACCAAGUCCAACGCUGCGUCAGGCGCUUUCUCCCUCGCGGCGUUCGCGGCCGCCAAGGACGGCCCGAGCACGUCGGACGGCCCCCGCAUAUCGAACGACCCGGACAUCGCCCGCAAGGUCCGCGUGCUCGAGAAGUCGGCCCUGGAGAUGCGGAACGAAAACCAGCGGCUGCACACAGAGGUGGAGGAGCUGCGCACGCAGCUGGAUUCGGAGAACAAGAACAACACGGCGACGGUGAAGGGCCUGCGCGCGAAGAUCGAGGCGCUGGAGCGCGAGCGGGAGCAGAGCGACAGCCGCGCGCUGGAGUCGCAGCGCAAGGUGCUGGAGUUCUCGCGCGCCGAGGCGCGGCGGCUGCGCGAGGGCAACGCGGAGCUGCUGGAGCAGCUGGCGGAGCUGACGCAGGCCAUGCCGGAGGCGGCGGAGCUGCGGGAGCGGGCGCUCGCGCAGGGACAGGCCCGGAUGGCAGAGGCGACGGAGAAGUUGAAUCGCCAGCACCACAGAAACAUCGAGUCGAUCAACCGCGCGCGGGAGAAGGCGCUGAAGGACCUGAUGUACCAGCACCAGCAGGAGAUCGACGCGCGCAUCGAGGCCGAGGCGCGGAUGGCGGGCGAGCUGACGUCAGCGCAGAUCGCGGCACGGGCGGCGCAGCACGAGGCCACGGAGUCCGUCACGGCCGCGGACGCGUUCGCGGAGCUCGCGGAGGCCAUCAUCUCGCGCGUGGCGCUCGGGGAGCUGCGGCCGCUGCCGCCGGAGGACGUACACGCGCGGCUCCUGUUGCAACAGUUGGCCGCGGCGGACGCCGCGGCGAGGGAGCCGGACCUCCCGGCGGUGAAGAGCGACGAGGAGGCGGCGCAGCGCCCGCGGAUGCCGCUGGCGAGCAAGGCGACCGUGCUGCGCCGGAAGGCAGAGGUGCUGCAGCAGCUGGCGGAACGGUUCUUGGCGGUGACGCACGAGCAGCGGGAGAGAGAGGCGGCGGCGGCGGCGACGCGAGAGACCGCGCCGGAGGAGACGCGAGCGCAGCGGCGGCCCGCGGCGUCGCGGGAGCGCGCGCACGGCAACCGGCGUGGGUCGGCGGAGGUCCCCGACUCCCCCCGGAGGUCCAGCGGAGACGCCCCCGCGGGGGCGCCGCUGACAGGCGCGGCGAUGGCGAUGGCGAAGGCGCGGGAGGAGGAGCUGGAGGAGGAGGUCGAGCGUCUGCGGGCGGAGCUGCACAAGGAGCGACGCAAAGCAAUCACGCUGCAGAGUGCGGUGAAGUCGCACCACCGGGCGGCGGCGUCGGGGCGGCCGCAGAGCGCGGCGCGCGGCAAGAUGCUGGGGCCGUGGGGUCGGCAGGACAGCGGGAGCAUCGAUUUCGCGGCCAUGCGGCUGGGCGCGACGACAGGGUCAGCUACGCCGCUGGCGUCGAUCCACAAACAGCGGCUGUCGUUCCUGGACGCGCAGGGGCAGGGGUCGGUGCACUCGUACCAGAGCUUCACGUAG